CUGACAAGCAGCGUAAGUGGCUGCAUUUCAAUUAGUUCUCUUUUGAUCUCUCAGCCAUUUCAACUCCAGGGAACAGCAAGAGUUUCUGUCCUGGAAAAUCAUGGAGUUUUCUGGCACGUUAAUUUUAAUAGGGGCUGUCUUGACGUUAUUGUGGCUUUUCAAGAGUCGUAGGCGACUUGCUUUACCUCCAGGACCCUCUGCCCUGCCGAUCAUCGGAAAUGUGCUACAAAUGGACAAAAGGGCCCCAUUCAAAACUAUGCUAAAGCUCAGUGAUAAGUAUGGCUCGGUGAUGACUAUGUAUCUGGGCCCCCAACGCACAGUGAUUUUGUUGGGGUAUGAUGCUGUGAAGGAGGCGUUGGUGGACCAAGCAGAUGACUUCACUGGCAGAGGACCUAUCCCGUUACUUUUCAAAGCUUCCAAAGGCUACGGUUUGGGUGUUAGCAAUGGAGAGUGUUGGCAACAGCUACGAAGGUUUACCCUGACAACUUUGAGAGACUUUGGGAUGGGACGUAAAGGAAUGGAAGAGUGGAUCCAGGAGGAGAGCAGUCAUCUGGUGGGCUGCAUUAAAAAGAUGAAUGCUAAACCUUUUGAUCCAACCUUCUUCCUGAGCUGCACUGUGUCCAAUGUUAUCUGCUGUUUGGUGUUUGGCCAGCGCUUCAGUUAUGAUGAUAAACACUUCCUCUACCUUCUGCAGAUCAUCUCAGACACCUUGAAAUUUGGCAGCAGUUCUCAGGGCCAGUUCUAUAAUAUCUUCCCACGGUUGAUGGAGUGGUUGCCAGGUUCACAUCACAAUGUGUUUGCCAAACUUGAGGAGAUGAGAGCAUUUAUUAUGAAUAAAAUCCAAGAACAUCAGGACACACUGGACGCAAGUUCACCCAGAGAUUACAUUGACUGCUUCCUCCUAAGACUCAAUAAGGAAAAGCACAUUCCUACAAGUCAGUUCCACUAUGACAACUUGGUGUCAACAGUGUUGAAUCUUUAUCUGGCAGGAACUGAAACCACCAGCUCAACUAUCAGAUAUGCAUUAAAUGUUCUGAUCAAAUACCCCAAAAUACAAGAGACCAUUCAGCAGGAAAUUGACACUGUAGUUGGACAGCGUUGCCCUUGUAUGGAAGACAAGAAGUCCCUUCCAUAUACAGACGCAGUCCUCCAUGAAAUUCAACGUUUUCUAGAUAUUAUCCCCUUGAGCAUCCCUCACUAUGCACUACAUGACAUUUCUUUCAGGGGUUACACAAUUCCCAAGGAUACACUAAUUAUUCCCUUGUUGCACUCUGUGCUAAAAGAUGAAAAACGGUGGGCAACUCCAUGGUCUUUUAACCCCCAGCACUUCCUGGACAACAAUGGGAACUUUAAGAAAAACCCUGCAUUUCUGCCCUUCUCUGCAGGAAAGAGAUCUUGCGUUGGAGAGUCUCUUGCUCGCAUGGAGAUUUUCCUCUUCCUGGUGUCACUGCUGCAACAUUUCACUUUCUUUUGCCCUGGCGGACCUGACAGCAUAGACCUCAGCCCUGAGUACAGUGGCUUUGCCAAUGUGCCUCGUAGAUACACAAUUAUUGCAACACCCCGGUAGUAAUGCUGAUUUAAACUAUAGUCUGAAUUUUCAAUCUUCUAAACUUUUAAGACUGAUAUCACUAGCUGUUACGAUCAAUUUUCAUGCCCCGUGCUUCAGUGUGUUUUUCUGUCUAUAUAAAUUCUAUCAUCUUGUUUACACCAUAUCCAAUGUUGUUCGGUGUGGUAUAUUUUCUUUUCCCACCCAUCUUUCCAUGAAAUCUCUUGUUUUUAAAGAAAGCAUCCUAAUCAUACAAUAAAACAAGAGAAGAGCUCCAUAUUAAGUAAUUUCAUUGAUGAAUGGGAAAUUUUAUUAAUCAUGUGAAAAGUUGCUUUUACCAGGAAAAAAAAGUAGGGCUGUUUAUAGUGUAUGGUAAACCCUGUCUGUCUACAGCACAGAUCACUGAACUGUAUAACAAGGAGUUAAAACUGUAAUUUGAUAAGUUUGAGGUCAGGUGAUGAAUCAAGCCAUGUGUCAGGAUGCUGGUGUGCCGAUGCGUACUCCACUGGAUGGCUGAGUAACAGAGUGGAUGCCUGCAUCAGACCUUAGGUACCGCCAUUGAG